AUGUCGGCAGGUUGCGUGAGGUGGCUUUUCAGCCAUGCGGGGAGAACUCUGUGCGGCGGCAGGCCCGGCCACUGGACGCCCGCGUCCAGGCUGGCGUUGUGCAGCCAGGGACAGAGCAUCCUCGCUGCCUCCCGGAGAAGCGGCGCCUUCUCCACGGAGGCCGGCGACGCCGAACCGGCUCCCGCGCGCAAGAAGAAGAAGAAGGAGCAGGAUCCCAGAGCUCACACCACGCUGAACAGCGUGGGCCGCAAGAUCCCCCAGCGGGAGAUCCAGGUGAUCGGCGAGGCCGGGGAGAACCUGGGCGUCAUGCAUCGAGCGGAUGUGAUCCGAGUCAUGGAGGAGAAGGGUCUGAAACUGGUGCUGCUGAGCGAACACAGAGACCCUGCCGUGUACCAGCUGAUGAGCGGCAAACAGAUCCACGAAGAGCAGCUGAAACUGAGAGAGAAGAACAAGGCGAAGGCUGCCCCUGUGCAGGUGAAGGAGCUCACCUUUUCCGCUGGCAUCGCGUCUCACGACCUCGCCACCAAACUGAAACAAGUGGAGAGCUGGCUGGAGAAGAAGCACCACGUCCGGAUCACGCUGCGAGCGGAGCGCGGACAAAACAACGCCAACCUGGACGCAACUCUGGAGCAAAUGGUGGAACAAAUGGACGUAAUGCUGGGCUUCGUCUCCAAGCCGAAAGUCGUCAGAGACGGUCAAGCGGCCGUGUGCAUCCUCCGACCGCCGUCCGCCAAGGAGCUGUCGCAGCAACGAAAGGACAAAGCCGCCGAGCCGCCGCCGGCCGGCUCCGCUCCCGACAACGGCACAAACACAACAGCAGCCGUGUGA